UGAAGUCACCCAUUUAAACGUUGGGUUUACUUUGUUGAUAUUGGAGUUAUCAUUGUCAGCAUACUCAGCAUUAUUGCCAGUACUGAUGCACAAAAUUUCAUGACAGUCCUUGAUUGAUAUUCAAGUUGAUGUUUAUUGACAAUUUCUGCAGUAGCUGAUAAAGUGACGAAGGUUUAGUACGGAUCGUUGACCAGUUGAAGUCAUUGUCAAUGUCGUGUCAAAGAAAUUGCGUUAUCUGUUUCAAACCAAUGACCGAGUAUAAACAAAGGAUCUCUGAGUUGGGAUACAAUUCUCCAUGGCUACUCACGGUGACAAAGACAUCUUAAGAACUGAUUCAAAGAAGAACAAAGAUGAAUGACAUAGAACAAGACUUUACCAGCGAUCUAAAAAAUGUCAUAAAAAUUGAGAAGUUAGAAUCAUCUUUCGACGCAGAGACACAGACAUCUGAAGACCGAAUUCUUCCAAAAUCCAUGAUGACAGACACAGAGCAAGACUUCACCUAUGAUCUCAAAAAUGUCAUGAAAAUAGAAAACUUAGAAUCUUCUCUACAUUCAGAGACACUGGAAGUUACCUCCACUGGUCAUACUUCAGAAGAAUUUGUAGCUGAAAGACAGCUGCUAGCACAUUGGAUAUUCUUCUGGUGGACAUAUGACUAGCACUCAGAAGGAUGAAUCAUCUGACUCUGUCUUAGGACAUUACCUCAGGAUGGGAGGCUGAGACUCACAGUAAAUUCAGGCAGAUUGUGGCGGAUGUCAGGUGGCGGACAACAUCUAAGGGUCUGAAAAGGCUGGUAGCACAACCAUGUCCAGACUUAGGAUUGGCCACACCUACAACACGCACUCUUUUGUGCUGAAGAGAGAGGAGCCCCCACUUUGUGAGUACUGUGACUCUCGUCUCACCGUGGAACAUAUCCUCGUUGAUUGCCCCAGAUAUCAGGAUGUCAGGGAGAAAUAU